UAAAGUAGUAAAUGAGAAAAGACGGUGAGUAGUUGACCAACAAAAAUGAAAUUGAAGGAGAAUUGGUGCACACUUUGUUGGAUUCGCAACUGUUAAAUUCAAACAGAAUUUCGUCGCACUUUAAUUCAUUCUCUUCUCUGCAGGUGAUAAUGCCGCAGAAAGUAACGAUACCAAACAAGCAUGGCAAAAAUCUUGUUGGUUUAUUGCAUGACACAGCUUCACCGCAGCUUGUAGUUCUCUGCCAUGGUUUCCGUUCCACAAAGGAUUACAAAAUCAUGGUCAAUCUUGCUGUUGCUUUAGAAAAAGAAGGAAUCAGUGCUUUUCGCUUUGAUUUCUGUGGAAAUGGGGAAAGUGAAGGUACAUUUCAGAUUUGUAACUACUCUGAUGAUGUUGAUGACUUGAGAUCUGUGGUUGACUACUUUGUUGGGUUAAAACGCUCAACGAUUGCACUUCUUGGUCAUAGUAAAGGAGGCGAUGUUGUCCUUCUGUAUGCAUCGAAAUAUCACGAUAUACCUGCUGUGAUAAAUAUUUCUGGCCGUUAUGAUCUUAAACGAGGAAUUGAGGAAUGGUUUGGUAAAGAUAUCUGGGAAAGGCUAAAGAAGGAGGGAUACAUAGAUGUCAAAACCAAGACAGGAGAAGUCGAAUACCGAGUCACUGAAGAAAGCAUGACGGAGCGACUCAAUACAGACAUGCACCAAGCCUGCCUUUUAAUUGAUGCUAACUGCAGGUCACUGACAGUGUAUGGAUCAGCUGAUGAUCUUGUCCCACUAGAAGAUGCAACAGAGUUUGCCAAAGUCUUACCAAACCACCAGUUGAAAAUCAUACAAGGAGCCAAUCAUGGAUACACUUCACAUCAACAUGAAUUAGUCUCAGCUGUUUUGCCUUUCCUAAAGGAAAUCUCUACAACACUAUCAACAGGCCAAUCCUCCUCAACUUGAAAACCUGUUACUCAUUCAUCUGCCAGCUACACUUACUACCAUUUGUGCUUAAUCAUUUGAAAUGUGUUUUUAUCAACGAAUGAUAUAUAUGUAUAUAUAGCUAAUAAGUACACCAUUGUUGGGUGAUCUGUGAUUUCCAGAAAGUCAAGUGCAACUUGGAAUUCUUAAUUUAAUAAAAGGGUGAUAGCAAAAUUCAUGGUUUGCAAA